CAUAUUUAGAUUUAAAAAAGCAUCUUACAGCUGGAACUUCAACAAACAUUGGGAAAUAGGUGAAAGACAAAAUGUAUUAUUACCACAGCACAGAAAAAUGUCAAAAUGUGAACUAAUACAUACUAUUACAUUGUGGAUUCAAAUGUUGUGAUCUAGUAGAUUACAGCGCUAAAGUUGCUUGAUGCCAGGUAAAGGUGUAGUAGCUCACCGAACCCAGCGUUCGCGCCUGCGCAGUACUCCUCCCGGCCAAUAGGGGCGCUGCAAACAACGCAGUGUAUUCAAUAAACCGUCAGCCAUCUGCCGCAGUCAGUUAGCUCCAGCGGGAAUGGAAAAUGGAGGACUGACCGUAGAAAGAACGAGGGCAUACCGACGGUAAUUCUACCGUUUAGAUCAUUCAGCCUUGUACUGUAACUCAUGAAAACUGCGGUGAAGCAUUUUGUUUUGUUUGAAGAAGCGCUCUGUUACCCAUCACAGCUGAACUGCAGACAUUCAUUUUGAAAGUAGUGAUUGACUCCAUCAUCUAUGGAGGCGAAUGUGAGCCCUGAGCUCUCUGAGCCAGAGCAGAGCCAGGACCAUAUGGAUAGCUGCUGUCAAGAUGUUGAUGAGGUGAAUAUCAAGCAUUCUCGAAUUGAGAGUGAUGAUGUAUCUAAAGAUCUGCUAGCAAAUCAGGACAAAACAUUAAAGGCCAACAUUGAAAUAAAGAAGACUUGGGGUUUUCGUCGAUCUACUGUCCUAAAAAGAGAAAUGCCACUUGAGGUAGCAACAAACAGCCCUGAGAACCGCGGUCCUGUUCGCCGUAGUUGUAGGCAGUCUAAACGGACUGACAAGCUAGAGGAAUUUCUUUUGACAACAAAAAGGGGGACGAGAAAGAGUGCCCCUCCCACUUUGGAAAGUGGAGACCGUCCUUCUCAAACUCCAACUGAUGCAGAGACCGCCUCAGAAGCCAGCUUUGAUGGUAAUGCUGACACAAAGACUGCAGAGGACAAACUAGAUGGACCAGAGAGGAGAACAAGAAGUAGCACAAGGAAGCAGACCCAAAAGAAAACUCAAGCCAGCAGGCAGACUAGAGGAAGUGGUGUAAUGACAGUCAAAGAUGAGGGAAGCUCUGAGAAUGAAGAAGACAGUAAAGAUGGUGCCAAGAUGGAUAACUUGCAUGAUAACAGCGAGGAAAAGAAAGACGAGAGCGAACCAGUUUCUGAAGAUAUGGGGAGCACCACUAAAGCACAAUCUCAGUCCGAGUUGGACUCGCAGAGUAAAGAGGUUGAUGAGGAGGAAGACGAACACCGAGAGACAAAUGACAAAAUGAAAACAGAAGAGACUGAUGCAGACAAGCCUACAGCAAUGCUGGUAAAACGUGGGCCAAUAAGAACUUACAUCAAUAAGAAGAAGGCAGCCAACAAGAAUGCAACACCUGUUAAAGCUCCUGUCAAAGACACUAAAUCUACCCAGGGUGGUGGAAAGACUUGUAUUUCCCAGAACAAAGAUGAUGAGGCUCAAGAUGAUGAUGACGAAGACGAUGACGAUGAUGGCUCUUCAGCAUCAUCUUCAUCAAUCGAGUCAGAUGAUGGAGGGUAUGACCCCAAUGCGCUUUACUGCAUCUGCCGUCAAAAACAUAACAAAAGGUUUAUGAUCUGUUGUGAUCGCUGUGAGGAGUGGUUCCAUGGAGAUUGUGUGGGCAUCACAGAGGCUCGUGGGCGCCUAAUGGAGAGAAAUGGGGAGGACUAUAUCUGCCCCAACUGCACUGCUAAGAAAAACCAAGUGGUCAGACCUGCGACAUCUGUUCUUUCUACAAAUACAGACUCUGGGAAGCCAAAAGCUGGUGUUACACUGACUGCUGUGACUUCUCCAAAUGAUAAAAGUAACUCAUGUGGUCCAUCGGCUGUUCAGACAACGGCAAUACCCCUGUCUUCCACAUCUACCGGUGCUGAAGAGAAGGUGGCAGAGGACCUUGGCAUCAAAGGCAGGAUAGAGAAAGCCACUAAUCCAACUGGGAAGAAGAAGAUAAAAAUAUUUCAGCCGGCAAUGUACCUGCCAGCUGAAUCAAAAGCAAAUCAGAAGGUAGCAUCAGCAGUGGAAAAGAAGGCAGCAAGCACAGCAGAGCAGAAAGCUCUACUAGAUGCAGAGCAGAAAGUUGCAUCAAAUGUGGAGGUGAAAACCACACCAACUAUGGAGGUGCCCGCUGAGAAAUCCAGGCAGAAUCCAGAGGAGGAGUCUUCUCUUCCCAAAUGUAUUGGACCUGGCUGUGAAAAUAACGCCCAGCCAGACUCCGUGUACUGUGGAAAUGACUGUAUUCUGAGACAUGCUGCUGCAGCCAUGAAGUCCAUCACUGAUGUCAAGGAACCCAAGCAGAAGGACAAGGCUAUGGCCCAGAAAACAAAGUCCACACCAAAGAGGAGUGCUGGCAGUGGGAAGAAGACCCAGAGGAAAACGCAGGAGGAGUCAGACACUGAGGAAGACGACAGUCCUGAUCCGGAUGAUGAAGAUGAGAAUGCUGAGGAGCAUCCACCUCCACCAGCCACUGCGUCCUGGUCCAGCGACCAUAAUUACAUUGCAGUAACACCUGAAAAGACUACACCCAUAUCACCAACAGUGUUAAACAAAAAGUCCCCUCCUAAAGAAGAGAAACAGAAUGAGAAGGAGCAGAAAGAGAAAGAGCCAGUCUCAGCUCCUGAGAAAUCUUCCUCCAUGUCCACAACACCAGUCAAAGGAAACAAGAAGCCCAUGACCACCAAACCAGCCAAGAUUUCCCCAAAAAGCAAGAAACCGUCCCUUCAAACCACAAGUUCAAAGACAUCUAAGAAGCCUGGGAAAGUGCUGAGUAUAACUGCUGCAAAGUCUAAGAAACCAGGUCCACCACCAGUCCAUUCGCCAUCACCCUUCCCUCCAGGCCCAAUACAUGUCACAGGAGCAUUAAGAGUCACCAAAUCCAACUUCACCAUCCCUAAGAAGCAGCCACAACAAAAGGAGUCUCCAUCCAAUACUCAUUCGUCCAAAGCCUCCAGAGUCCCAUCAUCUCCAGUCUCUUCCCCUCCCUCUAGCCACUCCUCAUCCUCCAGAGCUUCUCAUCCUUCAGCCUCAGCACCUGUGCCUCCCAUGCCGCCUCCCCCCAACAACCAGAUGAGACAGAACAUCCGCCGCUCACUCACUGACAUCAUCUUUAAAAGGGUGAGCGACAGCGAUGAUCUAAAAAUGAGCGAGAGUGAGGUGGGGAGGUUGGCUGUUGGCAUCGAGAAGGAAAUGUUUAACCUUUGCCUAAGCACCGACAGCAAGUAUAAGAACAAAUACAGGUCCCUCAUGUUCAACCUAAAGGAUCCUAAAAACAAAGGUUUGUUCUACAGAGUUGUGGGUGGUGAAGUAAGUCCCUUCAGACUGGUAAGACUAAGUGCUGAAGAAUUGCUUUCCAAAGAGAUAUCAGAGUGGAAGAAGCCCUGUGUUUCUGAGCCCCAGUCUCCCAGUAUCAGAGGCCAGUCAGGACAGUCCAGAUUCAGUAGCAGGCAUGACUCUGUGUCUCAUAGCGUGGAUAUGGAGGAUGCUCCACCAACAUCUGAUGCAGAUGACCAAGACGAUUCUGGCUCCACUCCAUUAAGUUCAGCUCAGUCCUCUGCUGCUGAUGUGAACAGCAGCAAUAACAUGCCAGAUGUUUUCAGCAGCAUGCUAAAAGAUACCACUUCGGAGCACAGGACUCAUCUCUUUGAUCUAAACUGUAAAAUAUGCACAGGUCAGAAGAUGGAAGAUGAGCCAGCAGCUAAGAAAGCCAAACUAGCCAAGAAGCCUGAACCCAAACCAAACGGACCUGACAUGCAUUCUUCAAAGCCAGGCGACAUCUCUCCUGUUGGCCAAUCACAGAUCCCCACAGUCUACCAACACCAAGACCCCUCCACCUCCCAGCCCUUAGUCCCUCCAUCGUUCCAGGCUAGCAAGGAGGCAACAAUCAUUGAACCUCAACCCCAGCUUUACCAAGAGGAUAUCAAUAUGUUGCCACCUACAACCCAGACCCCCUUGACUGUCACACCAACUGUUUCCUCUGUCAGCAUCACCCGCAGAGACCCACGCAUGGCCAGGCACAGCUCUGCUGUGACUGUCACUUACACUGCUCCAGAAAAAAACACCAACAACUCAAUGGAGCCAUUCACUUCAUCUGCCAGUGUUCCAGUGGAAGCAACACCCAAGGCAUCACUGCCAAUGCCACCAGCUCCACCAUCUUUACUGGCUGCUUCCAAACCUUCCAAAACAAGUACAACUGAUCCUCCACCUGAGGGUGAGACUGCAAUAUUCCUGCAUGGCCAAGAGAAGAUUUGGAAAGGAUUUAUUAAUAUGCAGUCAGUAGCUAAGUUUGUGACCAAGGCAUACCUGGUAUCAGGAUCCUUUGAACAUCUGAAGGAGGAUUUGCCAGAUACCAUUCAUAUAGGUGGAAGGAUAUCUCCAAACACAGUUUGGGACUAUGUUGGAAAGCUCAAAACCUCACUCUCCAAGGAGCUGUGUUUGAUCCGUUUUCACCCAGCCACAGAGGAAGAAGAGGUGGCAUAUGUGUCUCUCUUUUCUUACUUUAGCAGCCGGAAGAGAUUUGGCGUUGUGGCUAAUAACAAUCGGCGCAUCAAAGACCUCUAUCUGAUCCCACUGGGCUCAAAGGACCCAUUACCCUCCAAGCUGUUACCAUUUGAUGGGCCAGGCCUUGAACCAGCUCGCCCCAACCUUCUCCUGGGACUUCUCAUCUGCCAAAAGGAUAGAAAGCGAGCUGGUGCUCACUUAGAACCUGAGGACAAGCGCCCGAAGAUGCAAACCAAAGAUGCUGAUGACACUGGUCUUUUGAAGCCCUCCACUACAGUCAGAGCAGAAAAAAGCAUGCGGCAGAAUUUGGAAAUUCCCUUUAGCACAACACCUCCAGGAUCACCGCCAUCCAGCUACUCUGAGACUUCAAACAGCUCUGCUACAGCUUCCUCGGUUUUUUCUCUUUUGUCUUCUGUCAAAGCUCCAGCCACAUCAACUACCAGUGGCAAAGACUCGCCAUCCUUGGCAGCUGCUUCAUCUGCCCCAGCAGCCACCCCUCUUCAGACCAUCCUUGACACUCUCUUUCGGAAGAAAAAACAUGACUCAGAAGCAUCAAAUUCUCCAUCUGAUCAGGGUGGAGAAUGCUCCAUUCCAUCAGCUACAAUGCUAGAUCCUAUUGUGCAACAGUUUGCACAGAUUUCUAAAGAGAAAUCGAUGGAGGAGGAUGAAGAUGACCGUCCAUAUGAUCCAGAAGAAGAGUAUGACCCCAGUAUGGGCUACAAUUUGCCUAAGAAGCCUGUUGAGGUGCAAAGCAAACCUGAAGUUUCCCAUCAACCAGAGGGGGUAGCAAGUGAAUCUGAUGAUGUUGCAUAUGAUCCAGAAGAUGACUCUAUUUUUGAAGAUGUGAAGACACUAGUACCAUGUCAUGCUAAGCCAACAGCUGAAUGCAUAAGUGACCCACAAAUGAUUCAGGAAACAUUCCAGAAUCACGGAGAAUCAUCAGAAUCAAUGUCAUGCACAGAAACUCCGGGAUCCUCUGUGAUACCUUCAGACACACUGUUAUCUCAACCUACUAAAGCUCUUUUGGCCAGUAGUCAGCUCCUGCAGCUUGGCAAAAAGGUUGAGGAACUAGUAAAAUCAUCAUCUGUUACUCCUUUGAUCAACCAGAAGAGAGAUCCUCGACAGACCAGGGAUCCUCGACAGGCUGCACCUGGUAGGAAAUCAGCUGAUGAGUCCAACGAGAAAGAAGAGACAUCUGCUAUGAUGACCGAUUCGACUCUUCCUGGGCAGCCUGUGAUUCAGGAGGCUAAUGUAGCAGAUCUCCCAGAUGAAUCAAAAGGACCAGAGUCAUCACUGCCUCAAGAAGAAGUAAAAGGAGAGAUGCUGCCAUUCAUUGGAUCAGACAAGGCAGAGGAGGUAUCAAUUCCUCUAUUGGGAGAGGAGGUCGAUCCUGAUGUGGAUGUUAACUACAUAGAUGAGGAGGAAGUGAAAACGAAGCCCGAAGCAAAGAUGGAAACCGAAAUGGACAAAUACAGUAUUUGGCCUAAUGCUGCCAGUGUUUUAAAAUCUGCCGACAAUUCCGAGUAUGAUGAGGAUAGCCAAGACAGGCGAGUUACCAGCUACUAUAAUGAAUCUGAAAACACCACCUCAAUAACCACAAUCCCAGUACUCACUCAGAAUACAAUGAUUGAAACUCAUUCUCAUCAUAUGGCACAUCAUUUGUCAUCACCGGGCUUCGACAACGAGUACAGACCUCCAGCUGAUAUUCCCCCACCAACCAACUUCCCGCCGCCCCACCCGGUGCAGGGACAAAACCUGAUAAUGAGGCCUCCACCAAUGUCUAUGCCACCACCCAUGGAAGGUUUGCCUCCAAUGUCUGGGCCCCCUCCUAUGCAGAGACCCCCUCCACCUAUUCAUGUUCCUCCACCUGUACAUGGUCCUCCACCCAUGCCUGGUGACAGUAGUCAGCAGUAUAGACCACCACCUCCAGCUCCAUACCCACCAUAUCAGAACCAGUGGCCCAGUACCCAGCCUCCACAGCAGCAACAUCUUCCUGGACCACCACUGACUCAGAACAUCAUGCCACCAAGAGGACUACCACCCCCAUUUACGCCAAUGGCCCAAAGAGGCCCUCCCCCUCAAAUGUUUGAUCCAUCUAUUCCCCCUCAGCAUAUUGGACAGCAAGGCCCCCCUCCAAGCUUGCCCCCUCCGCCUGCGUUUGACAGACAGAACAACUUACCUCCACCGAGAUUCACUAGCCCCCCACCACCUUUUAAUUUCCCUGCAAACAGAGGCCCUCCUCCACCUUUUUCAGGGCCACCUCUUGCUCAUUUUGAUAGCCGGCUUCCGCCUCCUUCUAAUUUCCAAGGGCCUAGAGGUCCUCCGAUCUCUCAAUUUGGGGACCAUGGGGCUCAACCCUCGAUAUCAGACCAACCUCGAGGCCCUGCAGAACAGUAUAACAACGACAAUGCAAACUCUUAUAAACUUAGUUUGGAUCAAAACUCUCAUAUUUUUAAAGAAAGUCAGGCUCCCCUGCCAGGUCAAGCAUACCGGGGACCUCCACCUGCCCAGUAUGAGGAUAGAAGAGGCCCACCCCCUAGUGCAGAUAUAGGUGGACAACUGUUCCAUUCCCAUAACCAGUAUGGGAGCUCCAGACCACAUUCACCACCACUUCGAGGACCCUUUGAAGAACACCGAGGUCCCCCUCAAGAAAGUAGACCCCACCCUUCCCAGCUCUUUCCAGGGUCAGAUCGAUACCGCUUUGAUAGACUCCCAGAUGAGCCUAGGCCUGUUCGCCAUAGUGGACCAUUACUGCCAACCCCUCCAGAGGCUCCUAUAGGUCCUCCCAGUCGCAUUGGAGUCCACAGUCCGGACCUGCCCCCAGACGUCUGGCGCCAUCACUCUCCUGAAAUGAGGAGGAGGAGCAGCACCACCAGAGAAGACUCUGAACCUCAAAGUGGAGAUCGCUUUAGUCGUUUUGAAGUAGGGCACCGAGAAAUGGUGUCUGCCCCUCUGCAACCCCUGGAAGAAAAACUAAGAGAAAUGUCUGAGGACCGCAGAAGAGAUAGAGAAGUCCUCAACCCUGCCAGGCCAUCCUGGGACAGGGGCCAGGGAAAGCCCUGGAGCAGAGAGCGAGAUUGGGACAGAGGGAGAGAGAGGGAUCGGGAUCAAGAGCGCAGCAGAGAGCGGGAUCGGGAUCAAGAGCGCAGCAGAGAGCGGGAUCGGGAUCAAGAGCGCAGCAGAGAGCGGGAUAGAGAUCAAGAGCGUAGCAGGGAGAGAGACCGCGAUCGAGAGCGUAGCAGAGACAAGGACCGCGAUCAAGUGCGCAGCCGAGACAAGGACCGGGAUCCAGAACGCAGUCGAGACAAGGACCGGGAUCCAGAACGCAGUCGAGACAAGGAUCGCGAUUCAGAACGCAACAAGGACCGCGAUCCAGAGCGCAGUCGAGACAAGGACCGCGAUCCAGAACGCAGCCGAGACAAGGACCGCGAGCGGGACCGCAGCAAAGAAAGAGACCGUAGCAAAGGGAAGGAUGACGACAAACACAGGGAGCUGGAGGGAGAGCGACAUAAGGAUCAGGAGACAGACAAGAGGAGAGACAGGGCCAGGGAAAGGGAUUCUGACAGGAGAGACUAUGAUCGUGACAGAACAAGAAAUAGAGAGCGGGAACGCGAUCGUGAACGAGACCGAGACAGAAGACGGGACAGAUCCAGAAGCAGAGAGCGUGACCGGGAGCGGGGAAAAGACCGUGGAAGAGACAGGGAAAGGGAGAGAGAUAGAGACCGGGACAAAGACAGAGAUCGUAGGGACAGGAGCAGAAGCAGAGAAAAGAGAGAGGAGAAAAAGGAAAAUACACAUGCAUCUAAGGACAAUGAAAAAACUGCGGAAAAGGACAAACACACAUCCUAGUUUGUGUUUUAUGGACACUAUUACAGUUUUGAAAGACCCUUAAUCUUCCUCUGUUUGUAAUCAUUACUGUAAAUGUGGAUGAAAAGAUUUUUGUUGAAAUUUCAGUUGUGUACCUUGAGGACAAAAACACCCUCAACAGUGUUUGGAUUCUGUCAUUUAAAGUUCGUUUUACACUUUUUCAAAAAAGGAAAACUGACCAUCUAAGUUCAUUGUGCAUAAGAUGCUUUAUUUAGGCCACCGUGUCUUUUCACAUGUACUUUGCUCUUGUCAAAGCAUUCUUUUAAAAAAAAAAAAAAACAAUAAUGUCACUGAUUAACAAGUGUAACAUGUACCUAUGAAUAUAUUUGUGUAAAUAAUGUUUUUAAUCAUACUUUUCUAAGUAGAGUAAAUAAAAGCCAUAUAUCUGGGACAGAUAAUGUGAACCUAGAGGCAACACACUUGUGUUUAUAUGUUCAACAUUGUUUGAUGAAAAAGCUCCGGCUGUGUACAGUCCACACCCGUCACUGGUUAUUGAAAUGUCGUGAGUUUGUUCCAGCUCAAGUAAAUAAACCAAUUUGCUGAUA